AUGGCGUUCCUGAAGGAGACAUCUCAACCUGUCAUUUCUACAAAACGGCCAUUAGAUGAUGCUGAUGACUGUGAACUUGACGAGUUCAGAAAACCUAAAACGGUGGUGCGGAAGUAUCCCCCUCCUAAGAUCAGAAUCGGAGUAGAAGCAGUCCGUGAUUUCCCUCCUGGUUGUGGAAUCUUACAGGAUUCUGUUGUGAGUAAAGUAGAGAAGAAGCCAUUGAAGAAAUUAGAGAAUGUUGAGUCCAAUAUUGAGAACUCGACCUCCCAUGGCAAGGAUAAGAUGGUGAACUCUCAGUCUUUUGAAGAUAAUAAACUCAAUAGCUGCAUUAAACCUAAAGGAUUAUUAGGGUUCAAGAAACCUUCUUUUGGCUCAAGACCAUCUGGUAAAGUGAAAUUUUGGGAUCCCACAAAACAAGUGGUCCACGAUUUCCCUCCUGUUUGUGGGAUCAAACCAGAAAGGAAGCCUCUGAAGAAUUUAGAUAACUUUGACUCAGAUCUCAAGAAGCUGAACUCCAUUGACAAGGUUAAGUUGGUGGACUGUCAUCCUUUUGAGAAUAAUAAACUCAAAAGCUUUAAACCUAAAGAAUCAGGGAUCAACAACAAUCCAACUGGUAAAGUCAAAUAUUGGGAUCCUACUUCUUCAAAUGAUGGUGAUACUGAAAUCGCAAAAGACAUCAAUACUGAGGACUCACGUAAGGAACAAGUUAGACGUGAAAAGAUCCGUGAGGCAAUGAUCUUGUUUGAAACAGUUUACACUCAAUUAUUCCAAGAAAACGGAUCAAAACAACAGGGAGAAAAGAUUGCUCAUUGGAGGGUCCCCAUGGAGGCUGCAAAGAUUGUCAAACAAAAGCUGAAAUGGAUGAAUGCUGACAAGGCAUUAGGUCAAAUCCGCGGUGUCCAGCCUGGCGACAGGUUCAAAUUUAGGUCACAGCUUCAAAUGGUAGGUCUUCAUUGUCAAUCACAUUGUGGUAUAGAUUACACCAAGAUCAAUGGGAAGAAUCUUGCUAUAAGUAUAGUUGAUUCUCAUCGUUACUCAAACGCAAGUGAAUCUUGUGAUGUGCUGUCAUAUUGUGGUGAAGGUGGUGGUGGUGGGGUUGGGUUCUUUGGGUCUAAGCGACAGGUGGCGCCUGAUGAUCAAAAACUUGAAAGGGGUAAUCUUGCUUUGAAGAACAGUAUGGAUGAGAAAAGUCCAGUUAGGGUGAUUAGGAAACUUGUUGGAGUUGGAAAGAACAACACUGAUGUGUUUGUGUAUGAUGGGUUGUACACUGUGGAGCAUUGUACACAAAAAAGAGGUUCAGAAGGGAAGAUGGUGUUCAUGUUUCAACUACAAAAAAUGCCUGGUCAACCUCAAGUUCAAAAAAAGGUCAAUGCUUCACACCAUCAUUCCACCUUUCAAAUGCUUUAG